CUGCACCACAACCGUCACCUACGCCAUCGCCUACUUCCUCCCCAUCAUCCUGCAGCAAGGCAUGGGCUUCAGCAUCGGCGCGGCGCAGUGCCUCGCCGCGCCCCCCUACGUCUUCGCCGGCAUCAUCAUGUUCGGCGGCGCCUGGGUCGGCGACAAGUACCGCGUGCGCGGCGCCAUCGUGGUCUUCAACGCCCUGCUCUGCAUCAUCGGCCUCCCGAUCAUGGGCUUCGCGCACGGCAACGCCGCCCGCUACGUCGGCGUCUUCUUCAGCGUCGCCGGCGCCAACUCCAACAUCCCCGCCGUCAUGGCCUACCAGGCCAACAACGUGCGCGGCCAGUGGACGCGCGCGCUGUCCAGCGCCACCCUGGUGGGCUUCGGGGGCAUCGGCGGCAUCGUGAGCAGUCUGGUGUUCCGGUCGGAGGAUGCCCCGGGGUAUCGGCCGGGUAUGUGGACUACGAUCGCGUGCAAUAUUUUGAUCCUGGUGAUUGUCGGGGCGCUGAGUUGGUGGUUCCGGAAGUCGAAUGCCGAGGCAGAGCGCGGGCAGAGGGUCAUCGAGGGGGCGGAGGAUUUUAGGUAUACGCUUUGA